AUGGCUCUCUUCUGUGUAUUUAUGUUUCUCGCGAGCACCGUGGUCGCUGUCAAUUUCGACUUUGAAAAUAAGCAGCUCGCAGAUUCAGAUACCAUUCAAUUUCCAGCCCUUCGUUUUGGCGAUGUCUCGCAACCUCUACCACAGGAAGAGUGCCGUUAUAGCCCGGAUGACGAUGAUUGGCCAAGCGAUGCUGAAUGGCAGCGCUUCAAUGCAACUCUCGGAGGCGUGCUGCUAAAACCGCAGCCGCUAGCGAUUUCGUGCUAUGCUGGGCCAGAAUAUGAUGCAGCGAAAUGCGCGAUACUGCAAAGCGGCUGGAGAAACAUGGCACAGCACGCAAACCAUCCGAUCAGUGUAAUGUCACAAUGGGCAACGGGUAUGACAUGUGUGCCCACAAAAAGCCCUGAUUCGACGUGUGUUCAGGGUGGAUUCCCGGUGUUCACUGUGAACGCGACGACUGUUCAGCAUGUGCAAAUGGCCGUAAACUUUGCGCGCAACAGAAAUAUACGACUCGUCAUCAAAAACUCAGGCCAUAACUUCAACGGCAACAACAUAGGCGGAAAUUCACUCUCAAUUUGGGUGCACAACCUCAGAGGCUUGACCUAUCAUCCCAAUUUUACGAUACCAGGCUACACUGGACGUGCAGUAGCAAUGGCCGGCGGUACAAGGGCAACAGACGUGAGCGCUGCUUCGAGGAUGUACAAUACGACUAUCUUGAACGCUGGCGGUGCCGAUGUCGCAGUCCCAGGAGGAUACUUCCAAGGUGCGGGCCAUAGUUCAUACGCGAGCUUCUAUGGACUCGCAGCGGACCACGUACUACAGAUCAGAGCAGUCACUGCUGAUGGUAGGUUUGUAGUUGCAGAUGCACAGACAAAUCCAGACCUGUUCUGGGCUUUUAGGGGAGGAGGUGGAGGUACAUUUGGAGUCGUGACCUCAAUUGUCGUCCGCACAUUUCCUCUCACACCAAUUGCCAGUACCAGCAUAUCCUUCUCAACAAUAUCCCGACCUGGACUGCCGGGUGUAUCGAAUGAGUCCUUCUGGGCUGGGAUCCAGGAAUACAUGAACUUCUCCACGCCGCUAUGCGAUAAUGGAGGUUUCGGAUACAACUUCAUCAGGCAUGGAUCGAAUUCCGGCGCUACAGGGCUCACCUUCACGUCAUCACUCGCCCUGCCGAACCGCACACUCGCCGAGCUGCGAAGUUUUACAAAGCCUUUCCUACAAAGGCUUAACGAAGUCGGCAUCCCAGUGUCUAUACCGAAAAUGCAAACAAUAGAUAUUCCGAACCUACAAGACCAACCAAAGCUCAAGAAACGCGCACUCGGUGACGUGGUCGGCCACACCCUCAUAGCCUCGCGGCUGUUCCAGCGCUAUAAUUACGCUGACGACGCUUCGAUCUCCGAAAUGCAAGCUGCUAUACGUUCCGCUGUGGAGGAAGGCGGCUACGAUAUCCACGGCCAAGUCAUGAGCCCAACGAUCUCGAUUGCUGGCAACCCCAACAAUGCGGUCCUCCCCGCGUUCAGAACAGCGAUCAUGCAUACGCAAAUCUACGAGCCCAAUGCCUCAUGGGAUGGCAGCACUGUUGUCGAACCACCGGAGCUGCAGGCUAGACGACACGACAGACUGCAGUCGUACUUGCAGCGGUGGAGGGAUAUCACACCGGGUGGCGGAGCGUAUAUGAAUGAGGGAGACAUGCAGGAUCCGGAGUGGAAAGAUACUUUUUAUGGAAGUCAUUAUGAAGGGCUGCUUGAAGUGAAGAAGAAAUGGGAUCCCGAGGGCGUGUUUUGGGUUAUCUCGGGAGUCGGAAGCGAUGAGUGGGAGGUGAGAGAUAGUAGCGGUGGGGGACUUGAGAGUCUGUACACACAAGAUGGUAAGCUGUGCAGAGUGGAAGCUACGGGUGAGAUUAGGGAGUAA